AUGAAUCCUUCCAAUCCGCCCCAAACUGCCGAGUACGGUGGAGAUGAGGUCUCUGCCAUUGUCCUCGACCCAGGCUACUCCACCACCCGCGCCGGCUUCGCUGGUGAAGACGCCCCCAAGACCCUGAUCCCAACAUACUACGGCAAAUACAGCGCCGACGGCCAAGACAAGCUGAUCUUCGGCGACGACAUUUUUGUCACCCCGCGCCCCGGCCUGUCUAUCCACAACCCCAUCGGCAAGGAUGGCAUCGUCGAAGAUUGGGACAUGGCUGAGAAGGUCUGGGAGUACUCCUUUACCUCGCGAUUGACCGGCGCGAAGCCCGGCAAUCCCUUCCAUAAUGGCUUGAACGAUAUCUCCGCCGAUGAGCUGCCCACAGAUAUGGAGCUCGAGUCGGAAGACAAGCCUCUGGCUGAUAGCCCGCUGCUCAUGACCGAGCCUGCGUGGAACCCGGCCAAAGCUCGCGAGAAGACCAUUGAGAUUGCGAUGGAGAAUUGGGGCACGCCUGCCUUCUAUCUGGCGCGCAGCGGCGUGCUUGCAGCCUUCGCGUCCGGCAAAGCGUCCGGUCUAGUCGUCGACAUCGGCGCCUCCAAUAUUUCCAUCACCCCCGUGCAUGACGGCAUGAUCCUCAAGCGCGGUGUGCAGCACUCUCCGCUUGGCGGCGACUACAUCUCCGCGCAGAUUCGCGCCCUGUUCAAGAAGAACUCCCCGCAACCCAUCACCAUCACCCCUCACUACCUGAUCAGCUCCAAGACCGCUGUCGAAGCCGGCCAGCCGCCCCAGGCUAAGUACAGGACCUUUGCCGCUGACAAGGCCCCCGACGCCUCGUACCGCGCCCUCCUCGAGGAGCGCACCCUGUCGGAGUUCAAGGAGUGCGUCGUCCAGGUCUGGCCGGGCCCCAACAAACUCGCCGCCACUGGUCCCACCGGCGCCUCGAACGAGGAAAUGGCCCGGUCCUCGCCUGGCCGCCCCUUCGAGUUCCCCGACGGCUAUAACCAGGUCUUCGGCGCUGACCGCUUCCGUGUCGUCGAGUCCCUCUUCGACGUCAAGGCUGCCAUUCCGGACGCCGACUCGCCCGUCCCCGCCCCAACCCAGGCCCAGACCAUCCCCGAGCUUAUCAAGGCCUCGCUCGGCGGCGUCGAUGUCGAUAUCCGGCCCCAUCUGCUGGCCAAUGUCGUCGUCACUGGCGGCUCUAGUCUGUUGUACGGUUUCACGGAUCGUCUGAACCAUGAGCUGAUGCAGCUCUUCCCCGGCCCGCGCGUGCGCAUCUCUGCCCCCGGAAACACCGCCGAGCGCCGCUUCGGCUCCUGGAUUGGUGGCAGUAUCCUCGCUAGUCUGGGCACUUUCCACCAGAUGUGGAUCUCAAAGAAGGAGUAUGAUGAGCAUGGCGCGAACAUUGUGGAGAAGCGCUGCAAAUAG